CAUUGUGUGGGUCUGACUAACACUUUUCUUGUUUUGAAAGCAAAACCGGAAUGCGAGUCAUUUGCUGUGUUAGCCUGAUCCGAGACCCCGCUGGCUGGAUUAAUCCUGUUCGCAGUGUGGAAAAAGUGCUGUUUUGUAUCAUUUGUUUGGGAGAAUCGUUGCGGCGAGCAGAAAUGUCUCCAGAUUUCUGCAUCGAAUCGCCGCCGGGGAGCACGACGAAAGAAGAGGAGCGGGCUGCUUCUCGCCCAAAGCUGGAAUAAGACGCCACCAUUAAAUUCUCUUCCGGAGUGCUUUUGUUGUGUUGAGGGCUUUUCACGCGACCCAAGUGUCGACAGAAGAGAGCAGUGGAAUGGCGUUCUUCGCGAAAAAGAAGAAAUUCAAGUUCCAGACUCAUCUGACGCUGGAGGAGCUGAGCGCUGUGCCGUUCGUCAACGGGGUUCUCUUCUGCAAAGUUCGCCUGCUGGACGGAGACUUCGUCGCUUCCUCCUCCAGGGAGGAAGUGCGCGAGAACUGCGUGCGAUGGGGCAAGAGGUUCUCCUUCGUGUCCAAGAUGAGCGCAAACCCGCACACGGGCGUGCUGGACCCGUCCGUCUGCCGGGUGUCUGUCAGGAAGGAGCUGAAAGGCGGGAAAGCUUACACGAAGCUGGGCUUCGCGGACUUGAACAUGGCGGAGUUUGCUGGCUCGGGUUCCACCGCGCGCUGCUGCCUGCUGGAGGGCUACGACACCAAGAACACGCGGCAGGACAAUUCCAUUCUCAAGGUGAUCAUCGGGAUGACCCUCCUGUCUGGAGACCCCUGUUUUAAAACUCCGGCCAGCACGGCCAAGAGCAUCUCCGUCCCGGGACGUGAGCACACCCUGCAGCCCGACUGCAAGGGGGAGGGAACCAAGGCGGAGCCCGGGCCGCCCGGAGGGAUUUCUCUGGGCCGAACGCCCAAACAUCGACCCUCCAUCGUUAGCUCAGGUCUUCUGGAAGACGCCGAAAGUAACCCGUGUGCUCCCGGAGAACUUUUCCAAUCGGGCCAUUCUCGCAACUCCAGCUACGCCAGCCAGCACAGCAAGAUCUCUGGCUACAGCACGGAGCACUCUCGCUCCUCCAGCCUGUCGGACUUGACGCACCGCAGGAACACCUCCACCGGCAGCAGCGCCUCGGGGGGGCUGGCCUGA